UGCUUCUCGGCUGGUGGCAAAGAUCUCCAAAAAUGGAGCUCCGAAACCGCAAAUUUCCUGUGAUUCUUAUUUUUUCUUUAAGCCUAUUAUGCUUACAACAAAGCAGCAUUACUAUUGCAGGCGCUCCUUCAUAUGAGACUGAUCGUUUGGCUUUGCUCAAAUUCAAGGAAUCAUUAAGCAACGACCCACACGACAACUUGAGGUCCUGGAAUAAUAAUAAUAAUAAUGCUUCUGUCAACAACUUGUGCAACUGGCAUGGAGUUACAUGCGGCCGCAAGCACCAGAGGGUCAUUGCCUUGGACCUUCAAGGCUAUGCCUUGCGCGGCUCCAUAUCAUCCUUCAUUGGCAACCUCAGCUUUCUUAGGCUCAUCAACCUCCAAGACAACUUCUUAUCCGGUGAAAUUCCACAACAGGUUACUCGCUUGUUCCGACUGCAACAGCUCAUUCUUGCUAACAACUCCUUGGUGGGGGAAAUUCCUAGCAACUUGACCCACUGUUCUGAACUCACAUUCAUUAGUUUCCUAAGGAAUAAACUUACUGGGAAUAUUCCUGUUGGGCUGGGCUCUUUUGAGAAGCUGGAAUAUCUUAACCUUGCAGGGAAUAAUCUGACCGGAGGCAUCCCAGCUUCUUUGGGAAAUGUUUCUUCACUCCAAGUACUAUCCUUGGGGAUUAAUAAUUUCGUGGGAAAUAUUCCAGAUGAAAUUGGUCGUCUGAACAACUUAUAUUUCUUUGAAGUUAUAGACAAUGGUCUGUCUGGUACGGUGCCCUACUCCCUUUUCAAUUUAUCGACUUUGACCACCUUCUCGAUUGGAAUUAACCAACUACAUGGCACCCUUCCAGCCAACAUAGGCAUCACUCUCCCUAAUCUCCAAUUUUUGUCCGUCUCUAAAAACAAGCUCUCUGGUCCUAUCCCUGUUUCACUAGCCAAUGCUUCUCAGCUUGGUCUUCUUGCUCUCGGCCAAAACAAUUUCGUGGGACAAGUUCCAAAUGAUCUGGGAAGCCUAUUGGAUCUCGAGUGGCUAAGCAUUGCUGAGAAUAAUCUUGGAAGUAAUUCAGCCAAGGACUUGGAUUUCUUAGCUUCUUUGGGAAACUGCACCAAAUUGGAGAGGCUUUAUUUUCAAAAAAAUAACUUUGGAGGUAAUUUGCCAAACUCCAUAGGAAAUUUGUCGCAACUCCUGCAGGUACUAAUUCUUGAUGGCAAUCAAAUAUCAGGAAUUGUUCCUGCACCUUUACAGAAUCUCAUCAACUUAACUCUCCUAUCCUUGGCUCACAACCUCUUUACUGGCAUCAUUCCAACUUAUUUUGGGAAGUUUCGAAAUCUGGAAGCAUUGGAUUUGGAUGGGAACAGAUUCUCGGGAAAGAUAGACUCCUCGCUAGGUAACCUCACUCAAUUGGUCAAACUUUUCAUGUCACAGAACAAAUUGGAAGGAAGCAUUCCAUCAAGUUUUGGAAAAGCCAAGAGUUUGGAGGAGUUUGACAUUUCUCAAAAUAACCUUACUGGUGCCAUAUCCAAAGGCACUCUUUCAUCCCAGUUGCGGGUACUCAAUUUAUCACAUAACUCAUUGUCCGGCACCCUACGGCCGGAGGAAGUAGGGGGUUUAAGGAGUAUUUAUCUGCUGGACGUCUCCAACAACAAUUUUUCCGGUGAGAUUCCUAUAACCAUUGGGGAUUGCUUAAGCCUGGAAUCCCUUUACCUUCACCAUAACUCAUUUCAAGGUAACUUACCUGUGUCUUUGAAUGCCUUAGUAGAGCUCAAGUAUUUAGAUCUUUCUGCAAACAACUUGUCCGGACUAAUUCCUAAAGAUCUACAGAAAAUUUCUUUGCUACAAUAUUUGAAUCUUUCUUUUAAUAGUUUGGAGGGUGAGGUGCCCACGGAAGGAGUCUUUCGUAAUGCAACCGCAGUAUCAGUGACAAGAAAUAAAAAGCUUUGUGGGGGUAUCCCGGAACUGAGACUGCAAGCAUGCGACAACAAAGUUAAAAAGAGGGGGAAAUCCCGUGCUUCUAGAAUAAUCAUAAUUCUUAGCGGGGUUUUAGGUUUCAUUUUCUUUUCGUCCAUUUUGGUACUGUACAAGAGGAAAAAAUCAGAAAAGAAAUCAUCUUCCAUACUUCCCAAAACUGACCUGCUUUCGAAGGUGUCGUACAAGGAACUCUAUCAGGUGACUGGCGGAUUCUCUCCCAACAAUUUAAUUGGAUCCGGCAGUUUCGGUUCGGUGUACAAAGGAGUUAUGGGUCAAGAAGAAAGGUCGACAGUCAUUGCUGUCAAAGUCUUGAACCUUCAACAAAAGGGAGCUUCCAAGAGUUUCAUGGCCGAAUGCAAUGCAUUGAGGAAUAUACGGCAUCGGAAUCUCGUGAAGAUCUUGACAUGUUGUUCUAGCAUAGACUACAAUGGUAAUGAGUUCAAAGCUCUAGUUUUUGAAUUCAUGCCUAAUGGAAGUUUGGAAAAGUGGUUGCAUCCAGAUAGAGGCAAUCAUGAAAAUGAAUCAAGAAAUUUGAAUCUUCUUGAAAGACUGAAUAUUGUAAUGGAUGUCGCUUCUGCACUGCACUAUCUUCAUGACCACAGUGAACCGCCCAUUAUUCAUUGCGAUUUAAAGCCAAGCAAUGUUCUUCUUGACACUGACAUGACUGCGCAUGUAAGUGAUUUUGGUUUGGCGAGGCUCCUCUCAACAGCCAAUGAUGCCAACGAUGUUUCUCAGAAUCAAACCAGCACAAUUGGAAUAAAAGGAUCAAUUGGUUACUCUGCUCCAGAGUACGGACAGUGUGGAGAGGCAUCGACGCAGGGAGAUGUCUAUAGCUACGGGAUAUUUGUAUUGGAGAUAUUCACCGGAAAGGGACCCAUUGACAGCAUGUUUCAAGACAUUUUCAACCUCCAUAACUAUGUUAAGAUGGCGUUACCGGAAAGAUUUGUGCAGAUUGUGGAUCCAAAACUUCUCAACACUAGAGAUUUAAAUGAAAUAGAAACUGCAACCGAGGAAGAAGAUGUUAUUGUGGCAGAAGAAGAAAGAAUUCAAAUUGAGAACCAAAGUCAAAUGAACGCCAAUAUGCAGAAGUGCUUACUUUCAGUUUUCGAGAUCGGCGUUUCUUGUUCAUUAGAAGUGCCAGAAGAGAGAAUGAAUAUGAGGGAAGUCAUCAGGAAACUACAUCGGAUCCGAAAUACUUAUCUAGGAACUGGCCACCAUGGAUGAGGAGCGAGUAUGCUGGACAAUCUGCUCCGUAAGUACUAGAAAUUUUCAGUGUUUUCUGUCUGGUGUUUAUUUUCUUGAGUUUAUUCUGGAGUACUCUGUUUUUGAGUCAAAGUUUAUUAUAGAUAGGUAAAUGCUGUAGAAGACCUUCAGAUUAUCCUAUUGCUGAAUUUUCUGUACUGCACAUCCACACUGUGCUUAGUAUUUGAGGCGACUCUAAUAAUUCCCUGUCGGCGAGACACCUUUUCUCUUA